CUACCCACCUGGUGUGUGCACGCAGGCACACAAGGACCACCGUUGGAGGCCCGGGCGGCCUAAGGGAGGAGCCUGAGGGCCAGCUGGGUCCUGGGCUCCUUGUUACCUGAGUAAUGACCUCUGGGCAGGGUCUGGGGACCCGGAGCUGAGAGCACCGCCAGCUGAGAUCUGCCUCCUGAGCCAGGCCUGCGCAGAAACGCCCCUAAGCCUGGGCCUGGACCUGAGAGUGUGACACUCGAUCGAUCCUGGGGACCUUCAACAAGUGAAAUGAGGGAAGUUUGCUAAUAAAGAUAUCACCAAAGAUUAGAGACGUAAUCAUCUAGAGGAAAUGCUAGUAGUAUGGCUGUAUGUUCAAAUCUUUCUACAGCAGAUGCACUUGUGUUAGGGGCUAUCCAGAUUUUGAUUGGCAUCUUUCAUGUUUUCAUGUGGUAUUUCCUAUUGAUUAUGUAUAUGGGACAGAUUAAAGGAGUCUUUGGGACCUAUGAACCUCUAACUUACAAAACAGGAUGUCCUUUAUGGGGAAUUAUUUUUAUCAUUUCAGGAAUGUUCUUAAUUAAAAUAGCAAGGAAUCCAACUCUACGCCAGGUUGCAUGUGCUUUGAUCUUGCACGUCUUCUGCAUAAUUGUUACAGUCGUUGGAGUAGUGCUGACUGUAUUAGAGUUGUCUACUUUUGGUUCUGUGUCAUAUAGGAACUAUGGACAAGCGAAACUUGGGAGGGAAGUUUCUCGGAUUUUGCUAUCCUCCUAUUCCUUGGAAUCAGCUAUUGCAUUCACAUACUGCACCUUUGCCUGUGUUGAUUUGGGUCGUAGUAAUGAAGAUGCUCUUUCAACUGUUACAGUGGAAGCUGAGAGCAGUUUUUAAAAACCUUGGAAAUGUGAGAUUUUUCCUGGUACCCAGACCUGAUGUGAACCCUAAUGAUAUCUCUGUAUAACAACGUUGCUUCAAAACCUACAGAUGUUGUGCAAAAGAAAAUAUAAAACAAGUUGGAUUUUUUUCUUCUCAGUAUUCAAGAAAUUUCUUUGCACAUAUUUUUGUAGGCCCUAAGUGGAAAGCUUUUUCCUAUUUAAAUCUGAUAUUCUUACAACGAAUAAUUUUUUUCUAGGUAUUCUGAAGAGCUUUCAGCUCUCUAAUGGAGUUUUCCUAAGAUGCCACAAACAAGAUCUAUGAUUUUCUGUAGAGUGCAGACUAUGAAGACUUGGGAGCAUGUUACUGUAUUAUUCUCAGGAAAACUUUAAAUAAUUUAUGCCCCUAUGAGUAAAGAGUACAUUUCACUCUUAGUUCUUCUACCUAAUCUAGCUUCUACCUGAAUAAAGUAUUAAUCA